CCCCAUCAGUCGUGAGAGAAUAGCAGAGACGUAAGGACGUGGUGUGUUCGCGCCACAGUGUGUGUUCUGCACUUGUGUGUUUCGAUCAACAAGUUCUUUUCUAUCUCGGUGGGUAUUAUUACUUGUCCCUUGAUGUGUGUGUGUCAUAAGAUUUUUGUUAUCGAAAAAUGUUUCGUCAACAUUUCUAGUUUCGAGAAAUAAGGUCCUCCAUGGGAUAGCCGCGUAGGUCUAUCCAAUAGAAGCGCCGCAGCGUGACACGCCCUUCUGGAGUAAAAAAAAAAAAAUAGAAGAAACGACAAAGGAAGAAAAACAGAAUAAGAGAAACACGAAAUGAAGAUGGUGCCGGCCCCGCCGCCGAUGACCUCUUCACCAAUUAUGUCGUCUUCUUCUCACCAGCAGUUCCAGGUGACGGAAGACACACCCGUCGACUUCCUGGAGGGUUGCAUGGAAAUUCUAGUCGUCUUCCCCAACGAAAAGAGUAUUUUGAUGUCCAUCCAGCGGCGAAUGCCAAUGUUGGAUCUGUUGAUUCACGUGACGGCGGCCAACAAGAUAUCGCCGGCAGCCCACUUGCUACAAGUCACGGACGAAGAGGGUCGACUGCUGCCUCAUAAGCCCAGCACACCCAUCGGUUCGCUGAAUGCUCACAAGGUCUACAUCGUGGCCAAGAAUCGAUUGAUGGCCGAUCGAUCGGGCGGCCGCUCAACCAACGCGAAAUCUUCUUCAGCCUCCCAGUUUGAACAGUCAUUUCGUGUCCAGGUGCGCCUUCCUCGCAAUCAGUUGUUCGUGACCCGCGUGACGGGGCGGACGCAACUUGCCGACCUGCUUCACACCGUGUGCAACGAGAAGGCUUUGGAUCCACGACACUAUGAGCUCAGACAUCCAGUGAAUCUUGACGAGCGUCUGCGUUUGAACAGCUGCCUGGACGAUUACAAGUUACAAGAGGUCGUCUUGGUGCCAGUGUGUGGCAAGAGCUCUGCAACUCUGCUAACCCCCGCAGUGUCGGUGAGCGACUUGUCGUCACCAUCCAACAGCAUGAACAGAAAGACUGCAACAGUGACCGCCAGCAACAGCAAAAUGUCGGGCAAGUCGACGCUGAAACCCACCACGUCUGAAGCGGCUCUCGCCGGACUUGAAAAGAAGAAACGGGGACUUCUCGGACUUCUCGGAUUUGGAAAACACAAAAAGGGAUCGAGCAUGGGCGAUAGCAGCAUUAGCAGUGACAGCGCAGGAGACCGGAGUAUUUCACCUUCUCGGUCGGAAGAGCCGGCUCCUCCGCCUCCAGUUGUCGAGCCCGUUGCGCCCACUCCGCCGUCACCUGUCCUCUUCUCCAAGCGUCUGGCCGAAGAAGCUGUGGCCAAACGCAAUAGCCGUCUCAUGUUGAGCCAAAUGUCGACGGAGGCGUCGACGACGACGACAACGACUUCUCCUAAUGACGCACCGCCUUUGCGUAAAACGAUUUCGACCACGUCCAACGGAGUGGCGGCGGCGGCGUCUAGUGCCCCCACUAAACCUGGCGCCAAGAAGAAGAGGGCUCCGGCUCCACCGCAACCUCAAUCUUCUCUCAACGGAAUGAAUGAACCUCCCAAGGCGGCGUCGGAAGUGUCUACGUAUUCCACGUCAUCGUCUGGCAGCAAUUACGUAUCGCCGUCGACGUCGGUGAUCCAUCACUCUGAAGAGGAAGUGGUGUUGCGCAGUCCUUCGCCUAAAUUAUCGUAUCUACGGCAAGAGUCUAAUAACGUUGCACGCCAACGUCAAUCGGACAGCGGAUGUAGCAGUCCGGUUAGAUCGCCCCGAUCCAACUUGAUCACCACUCCUGGCAAUUCGUCCUCAAACUUGACACAAGUGUCUAGCACGUCGAACGCUUCACUGGCUUCGGUCUUCAAAAAGAGGAAAGCUCCCGUACCUCCUCCUGCACUUGAAGAACAAGUUGAAACCUCUGACAAGUUACCGCCGGCCACACCUGUGGUCGUCGUUGUGGUCAAUGGCGGAUCACAUGACGACUCUGAUCGGGCCUCUUCCGUCUCCGACCAAUUGUCUAGCGUGUCGGACGUGUCGUCGACUCGAAAAUCCGCACCGACUCCCGACAUCAUCGAGCCUCCGAUCGUCGUCCAACUGACACCUCAACAUCAUCAACCAAGUUCAGUGGCACCCAUACCCGCUGCUCGUAAUAAAAUCCCUCGCCCUGUAAAAUCUGCUACUGCAUCAGCGCGCCGCGAAGGCCGAGUUGAAUCGGUGGUGAACAACAAUCGCGAAAGAAUUGGCCAGCCGAAAUUGCCCAACUCCUCCUCUUCCUCCUCUUUGCCGAGCACUCCGUCAUCAGACGCCGACGAUAUGACCUUGGACAGCGAAAGCCUGAACAUGUUUUCCAGCCGGAAUGAGCUCAAUCAAACGACUAAAGCUCAACGGGCGGCUGCGGUGGAUAAACGACCAGAGCAGCCGAAAUCGCCAUCGAUUGAAGGAAAUGCGGAAGCGAUGCGUUUGAAAUUCGCCCAGGAACGGCAGAAGCAACGCCAAAAGGCUGAAAUGGCUGCCGCCCGCAUUGAAACGAAGGAACAGCGGACCGCAUCGCCUCCGGAAGUGGAAGAACGAUCGAAGCGAAAAAAAUGGGAUCGGUCCCCACAAAAGCUGCUCCAAGUAUUGGCGACAGAUGAUGACGAAAUGACAUUGGCGGUUCCAGUGUCGCCAAUGCGACGGUCUCGAAUUCCCAGUGUUGUAGCCAGUCGGACGAGUAGCGUCAGCGAAUUUUUCAGCCUCUCUGAGGACGAAGAUGAAAUGCCGAUUCCGGUGGUGGUGGUGGCGGCGGCGCCCAAAGAAUUCCGCAGUGAUGAUGAAGUGAAAAAGGAGGAAGACGACGACCCGGAUGCGACUUUUGCUGCAAUGUGCGCGGCGCUAGCCAGGCGGAAACAGCGAGGUGAGCCACAAUUGCCCAAUGACGUGAGCCCGACGGUGCCAAUUGAGACGCUCCAGCCUUUGAUCCAUGUGGAUGGAUGCAGCAGCGGCAGCAGCAGCCCCCCGGGAGUUGAUGGUGACGCAAGUAAUGGCGUAGGAUUUUGGCAUCAAUCAAGCAACGAACCAGAUUUGGACAGCCCCCGAUCAAGCGAAGGAGAUUCGUCGAACGCUACUUCCGAGCGUCCAGCCAAUUCUGUAUCUUCCGAGGACGAUUACGAGCUGCUCAAUUAUCGACGAGAAAAGAUUGAACCGGCGAUUGUGGAGAAGAAUGGACCGUUCAGCGAAGCUCACGAGAAGGAAGAAGUGGUCGUUUCAGAACCCAUUUACACGAUGGUGAUCAAAUCGCCUAGACCUCUAGUAGCCGUAAAUGUGGGACCGGAAAAGGAUGACAAAUCUGGACAGACUAAUGGAGACGUACACGUGGAUGAACCAGACAGGAUGGAAGUCAAAGCCAGCCCAAUUCCGGCAGAGGAGGGGCCUGAGAUGGAGAGGGAUGCGGGAGACGGUCAAACCGAAUCGCCCAUCAUGUGGGAGUACAAAUUGCCAGCUCCGCCCACACCUUUCCAGGAUUCGAUCCAGUCGCCUUUGGAUAAACUGCAGAUUGCCAGCGAAUCCGAUUCGAGCCGUUCGAGACGCAGUUCCAUGUCGACCGACAGCCUGCAGCACAACAGGAGUGCGGAAGAAGAAGAUCUUGUCAAGGAUUCGCCUCGUUCAUCGAUCGGUUCUCAAGAAGAACCCGUGGCCGCCCCACAAGUUGUGCCCAAGAUCUCCAUCAAAGAGGAUUGCGACACUAACGAAGAUGCUAUCAAGUUGGAUCUCGGUGCCGAAUUGCAAGGUGAAAGCGCUACGGAAGAACCCGCGGUGAAUGGCCCCCCCGUUGAAGAGGUUUUAAAAGUGGUGGUGAUGGAAGAAAAAGUUGUUGUUCUCCAGUCAAGUGACCCGGAGGCUAAGCCGUACGGGGUUGAAUCGACGACUGACGAGCCUUUGUCACUCGAGCCCACUUCAUUGCCACCAGUGCCUAGCACUUUGCCGCCAUGCGAGAGCGACGAUGACUCGAUUGGCGGCCAACCCGAUAUGCGCUUUUCAAUCGCCACUUAUACUGUUCGUGUCAACAAAGAUUCGACUUAUGAAAAGAAGCUGGCCCGAUCCGGUUCUCCCGAGGAAUUGACUAAAGUGCAGAUCGAACCGGUUGCUGUUCCGGAAAAGAAGGUCGACGAUCCGUUACCUUUGGUAGCUGAAACAAAGGAGCCGGAAACAAUUGCUGAUCCAGUUAAGACUGACGAGAACUCCGGAAGUAGCAGUGCUGCUGUCCCACCAGCUGCCCAGCUCCCACUGCCGAUGUUAAAUGCCGACUUUAUCCAACAGUUUCAAAAUGCACUUCAUUCUAUCACAGAUCCAAAGGCCCGCGCCUUGCAGGAAGAGUUUUUGCGUUUACAGCAACAGUUCCUGACUCUGCAAAUGCAAGCGGCUGUCCAACAGAACGUCACUCCGGUAUCGACAGAAUCUACUUCCGUUGCUGCUCAUUGUGAGACCAUCAAGGUGGAAGACAAGGUUGUGGAAAUUGACGUUCCAAAGGUCCUGGAUCCACCAAUCGAAUUUUCCGUGGAAUCCGAUUCCAAACAAAUUCUACCAGUGGAAUCACCUGUCGAAAAGCCUGUCGAAAUCCCGCUCAAGACUAUCGACCCAAUUGAAAACCAAUUACAGAAGGAACAGAUCGAAGUUGAACCUGAAGCGACAGUUUACCGUUACGCUGGGCCUCCUCAAGUCAAACUCGAUACGUGGAAGCCUGGCAGGCCGCGUUCAGAAGUGAUUGAUUUCAGCCGCUCUUCUUCGUUCAACGUCCCAUUGGCGCCUGUAGAGAAGAAAAUUGAUUUGCCAGUGAAAAAUACCCCGGCCCCAACAGUUGCGGCGAUGGAAAGCCCCGCCAGUCCGACCGUGGCAACCAUUCCCGAAGAAGUAGUCGUCGUUCCAGCUCAGUUGCCUAAAAUUGCGGAAGAAGAGAGCAAAAUCAAAUCGAUCGUCAUUGUUCCAGAAGUCGAGGAAACGUUGGACGUUCGCGAGAAGAUUGAACACAUCGAAAGCAGCAGUAAUAAUAGUAGCAGCAGCACCAGCCCCGUUCCCAAACCUGUCGUUUUGCGUAAAUCAUCGUUCAUGACGGCUCGUCCGUUUGAGGCUCGCCCAGUUUCUAUGCCCAUCAAGAGGCCCAACUUUACGCCGAUGGUUAUUCAGCCUGUGCCCUUCGUCUUUGGCAAGAUUCGAGCUCCCGAAGUGCGUGGUUUUGCUUCGCUGCCACCUGAUAAUAGAAGCGAAAUGCAGAGCAUUAGGACAACUGGUUCGGCGGGGAUAGCUCCAUUUUCAGCGGUCAACAAACCUCGUCCAGUUUCAACGGUGAGUAAGGAAAAUCCCACGGUUGUUAUUCGAAAUAAACUGAUCGAAUCAGCCCGCCGGCCGUCAGCGGAGCUCAAUGGCAUACCUAUCAAAUUAGAGGAUUCCUCUGAUCAGCUGGAGAAGGAAGUUAAGGAAGUUAAAGAGAGCGUCCCUAUCGUAUCGGAAACACGCCGGGCUUCGAAUUCGUCUCGCCCACUUUCGAUGCCGAUGAGUAGCAGUCUCUUGUUGGCCGCUGGGGCAGGCGGAGCAGUCAAUAAACCCCAACCAGUUGUCUCCGAAAUUUCGAUUCAGCCUAUUUCUUCUACUGCCCAACCGUCUGUUGUUUCCGGUGCCGAUCCUACGUCAAUUUCCGGAAGACGAUCCUUGUCUUCGAAAUUUGUCCGCAAAGUUGAUCCUAGAGAAGAGCUUCUCAACUCCAUCCGAAGCUUUGCCAACGGAGGUUCCCUAAAGAAGACUGGAACUAGCUUGGAGAAGUAGGAACAUGUGUAAACAAGUCAAUGCUGUCUGUGUCAAAAUUCCUUGCUAUAU